GUAACUCGUCUCCCAAAUUGAUUUGAUUUUUUCUUUCCACGCACAAAUCCGCCUCCGCUUUCCCCAUUUCCUCUCUGUAUUUUAUUCGAUUCCCCGGAUUAGUUUUUGCGUGCAGGGAGGGAGGCUCACGUACAACCGCCGUAACCGCGCGCGCGCUCUGCCCGGAGCAACCGAAGGCAGGCGACGAGCGCGUCGGAUUCGGGGGGAAGCUAGGGUUUCGCCGCGAGAUGGACGGACGGGAUCAGCAGCAGCCACCGCCGCCGCAGCCGCAGCCGCCGCGCCUGGGCUCGCCGCCGGCGAACGCGGGUGUCAUGAUGCCGCAGAACGCCUACGGCCCCGCGCCGGCCAUGUCGCCGGGCUCCGCCAAUGUUAUGCAAGGGAUGCCGCUCGCCUUCAACCCCAUGGCGUCGCCCACCGCCUCGCCGGCGAUGAAGCCGGCGGAAAUGCCGGUGGCCAUGUACCGGCCCGAUUCCGGCCCGCCGGGCAUCCAACAACAGCAUCCGGGCAGCGGCGGUGGCGCCACCGUCAUCAGCGGCAGCGGCGGGGAGCUCGUGAAGAAGAAGAGGGGGAGGCCGAGGAAGUAUGGUCCGGACGGGACCCUCGGCAUGGGGCCGAAACCUGCCACCGAGGCGGCCAGGCAGUCCGGUGGUGCGGGUUCGAAGUCGAACUCGAAUCCUGACGGGAAGCGUAGAGGGCGCCCCCCUGGGUCUGGGAAAAAGAAACAACUCGACGCCUUAGGUUCUUCCGGGACAUCAUUUACUCCUCACAUAAUAACCGUGAAGCCAAAUGAGGAUGUUGCUUCAAAAAUAUUGUCCUUUUCGCAACAAGGUCCACGUACUACAUGUAUAAUCUCAGCAACUGGUUCGCUGUGCACAGCAACACUCCGUCAACCAGCAACCUCUGGUGGGAUAGUAACAUACGAGGGCCACUAUGAAAUUCUCUCUCUGUCGGGCUCAUAUCUGCUUGCCGAGGAUGGUGACACUCGUAGCAGGACCGGUGGUUUGAGCGUGGCACUGGCUGGAAGGGAUGGACGUAUUGUAGGAGGCAGUGUUGCUGGAAUGCUUAUGGCUGCCACGCUCGUCCAGGUUGUGGUGGGCAGCUUCAUUGCUGAAGGUAAAAAGCCCAAGGAAGAACAAGUGAAACGUGAGCCAACGUCAGCACCGAUGCAGACAGCCGGCUUUGUUGCAGCAGCCUCAGCUGCUAGUCCUGCAUCCGAUGGAACAUCGAGUGAUCACUCUGAUGACCCAGGGAGCCCCAUGGGACCUAGUCCUAACGGCAGCGCGUUAAACAACGCAGGCCAUCCCAUUCACGCUUCAUAUGCUCCUGUGGGCUGGUCCCUUUCCGGGAACCAAAGCCGCUACGAUCCAGACCUGAAGAUCAUGAACGACUAAUGGCUUAGCUUGCAGCUUUGCUUCUAGUAUUUGACCUAGCAGAGUAUAGGGUUCAGGAGUUCCUGCACCGGCGCCAGCUUCAUUGUCGGCCAAUAAUUCGGUGUGCUAGCAGUAACCGCAGAGCCUGAUGGAAGGGCUCAGGAGCAGUAAUAAGUAGCUUCAAGGCAUGCACGUCUUGCCCUGUUAUUGUAGUUUUUAGCUGGUAUCUCGUAUCUGCUUUCACAGUCAGUAGCUUAUGGUUGGAGUUAUCGUUUCCCAGUACGGUUUCUAUUAUCCGUGAAUUUGUAUUCCUCUUAGUAUCAUCAUGCACGAGUUUGAAAUGCCAUGUUCUUAUUUCAUA